AGGUCUACAAACAUUGCCUGACCGCAGCUUAUUAUGUGCACGACCAGGCCGCCGACAGCAGAUUGUACGUAGAAAUGUGGAGUUAGUCGUGGCUGUGUAUAGGCCCGGCCGAUGCCGCACGCGAUAACGCCGCGGCACCGUUAAUCUCGCAUAGCGUCGUGUCGCACAGCGCCAUGUCGCACGCUGUCAUGUCGCACCUGUCGCACGGCAGGGCUGGCCGACGGGCCCAGCACGCGCUUUGUCGUGUUCUCCGCCGCGCUACAGCUGCUUGUGGCGACAGCCAGCAGGCACAGAGGCUGCUACGGCCGGCUUGAUGGACCGGGGGUUGCGCACGCGAACCAUCCAAAUCAUUCCCCGCUUGGCCGAAUUCACGAUUGCUGGCGCUUCGUCGGAUCUUCAUGCCAGCUCAUUCGCCGAUCCUUUCGCCAGCUCAUUCGCGAAGCCGUUUGGUAGCGCCGUUGCGAGUCCGUUCGCGAGCACCUUUGGGCGACCGGGCGGCGCGCGUGGGGUGUCAAGUGACACAGACUUGAAGGAGGUGGCCGAGACCCUCGCUAUAGUGUCACUCGUUAAAGCGUUCAGAGACCGAGGGCACUAUGUGGCACAGCUAGACCCCUUAGGUCGGCACCUUGGCCCUCUCAAGGACAACGCCCAGCCACCACCUGCUGCUGCUGCUGCUGCCAAUGUUUCAGUAGCGAACCCAGGCAGCAAGGGCAAGGCUCGAGGGCGAGCUGGGCUGAGCUGGGUAUCAAAGACUGCAGCUGCUGGCAGCAAGGGGAGCGGUGCUGGCAGCAGCAGUGGUGCCUCGAAUCUCCCCGAGCCUGAGAACGCGCCGGACCUGUUCCGCCUGCUUCGGAACUACCCGGAGCUGGACCUGGGUGCAGUAGGUCUGGCAGGCAUUGACGUGAAGAAGAGGUACUUCUUGGGCGAGCAGCUGCGCAUUGUGAGAGCAGCCCAGCUGUUCUGGACGGUGGAGGAGGUGGUGGGGCUGCUGCGCAACGCGUACUGCCGCACGAGCACAGUGGAGUGCGCGCAUCUGGCGAGCAAGGAGCAGAAGCUGUGGGUGCAAGCUGCCAUGGAGCGACCUCCCUUGAGACAGCUCUUCUCGCCCCGGCAGCAGAGACAGCUGCUGCACCGACUGCUGUAUGCAGGCCAUCUGGCGAGCACCCAGCAGAAGCAGUGGUGACAGCUUUCCUUGACUGGUCUC